CGGCGCCAUGGGCUGAAAACUCAACCGAGAUGGAAUCUCCCAGUCUGAACCGGUUUCAACCGGUUCCGAGUUUGAGGCACUAGGAGGAGGGGGAGAAGCGGCUGCAGCGGCCGCGGCAGGAGCAGCGGGAGCUACAGCAUCAGCAAGAGCAACAGUAGCUACAGCCCCGGCGGCGGUGCUUGUUCCAGUCUUUGCUGCUGCAGUCCGUGCAACCACCCAGAGGGGGAGGGGGGAACCACCAGUCGCUGAGGAGCAAGAGAAGGGGGGAAAGUUUAGGCGAGCCGGGGUGGGGGGGCCCAGCGCCGGAGCCGCGUGAGAGUAGGAGCCGUGUUUUGGUAGGGGGGAGUCGGACUGCAACUGGCAGCAGAGCGUUCCCCCGACCGUGUGGACUCUACACCCCCUACUCCUGCCGCUCCUGCUGCCGCCUGUGGCUGGAGGGUCCCCUUGGGGCUGAAUCUUUGGGACUUGACCCCGUUCCCCUCCCCCUUUGCUCACUCCCCAGCCGGGCGGGAGCAUUUAUCCCUCAGAUUAAUUCCCCUUCUUUUUUUGGGGGGGGCGGGUGGGUGUGUGUUGGGGGGAGGUGUCCCUGGAAUAGUAAAUAUUUAGCUUUUUUGCCCUUCUCUCCGUUUUUUAAUUUCCUUUUUUUAAGGUGGGAAAACUGAAACCCACCUUGAUUUCCUCCCCUUUUCCCCUUCCCCACCUUCCCUCGCCCUAAACCCCGACAAGGAAGGAAGAAGCAGUUGGUUCAAUUUCUGGCAUAUCUUAAGAAUUAAGAUAUUUGAAGGGAGCUUAUACUGAGCUAUCCUGAAGAUCCUUCUUAGAAGAAAAAAGCCAUGUCUGCUAAUCCAUGCUUAAAAAUUUGCCAUCAAGACUUGUUAACUGUAUCAAUUUUUAGGGCUAUAAAAGCCUAAUAAUGGAUUCUCUUAAAAAAUAGUAAUCUAUGCCAGCAAUUAUGACAAUGUUAGCAGACCAUGCAGCUCGUCAGCUGCUUGAUUUCAGCCAAAAACUGGAUAUCAACCUUUUAGACAAUGUGGUGAAUUGCUUAUACCAUGGAGAAGGAGCCCAGCAAAGAAUGGCUCAAGAAGUAUUGACACAUUUAAAGGAGCAUCCUGAUGCGUGGACAAGAGUCGACACAAUUUUGGAAUUUUCACAGAAUAUGAACACGAAAUAUUAUGGACUACAAAUUUUGGAAAAUGUGAUAAAAACAAGGUGGAAGAUUCUUCCAAGGAACCAGUGUGAAGGAAUAAAAAAAUACGUUGUUGGCCUCAUUAUCAAGACGUCAUCUGAUCCAACUUGUGUAGAGAAGGAAAAGGUUUAUAUCGGGAAAUUAAAUAUGAUUCUUGUUCAGAUACUGAAACAAGAAUGGCCCAAGCAUUGGCCUACUUUUAUCAGUGACAUUGUUGGAGCAAGUAGGACCAGUGAAAGUCUUUGUCAAAAUAAUAUGGUGAUUCUCAAACUCUUAAGUGAAGAAGUGUUUGAUUUCUCUAGUGGACAGAUAACACAAGUAAAAGCAAAGCAUUUAAAAGACAGCAUGUGCAAUGAGUUCUCACAGAUAUUUCAGCUGUGUCAGUUUGUGAUGGAAAAUUCUCAAAAUGCUCCACUUGUACACGCAACCUUGGAAACCUUGCUGAGAUUUCUGAACUGGAUUCCACUGGGAUAUAUUUUUGAAACAAAGUUAAUCAGCACAUUAAUUUAUAAGUUCCUGAAUGUUCCAAUGUUUAGAAAUGUCUCUCUGAAGUGCCUCACUGAGAUUGCUGGUGUGAGUGUAAGCCAGUAUGAGGAACAAUUUGUAACGCUAUUUACACUGACGAUGAUGCAACUAAAACAGAUGCUUCCUUUAAAUACUAAUAUUCGGCUUGCAUACUCAAAUGGAAAAGAUGAUGAGCAGAACUUUAUUCAAAAUCUCAGUUUAUUUCUUUGCACCUUUCUUAAGGAACAUGGUCAACUUAUAGAAAAAAGAUUAAAUCUCAGGGAAACACUCAUGGAGGCCCUUCACUAUAUGUUGUUGGUAUCUGAAGUGGAAGAAACUGAAAUCUUUAAGAUUUGUCUGGAGUACUGGAAUCAUUUGGCAGCUGAACUCUAUAGAGAGAGUCCAUUUUCUGCAUCUGCUUCUCCGUUGCUAUCUGGAAGUCAACAUUUUGAUGUUCCUCCCAGAAGGCAGCUGUAUUUGCCCGUGUUAUCAAAGGUCCGUUUAUUGAUGGUUAGUCGUAUGGCUAAACCAGAGGAAGUAUUGGUUGUAGAAAAUGAUCAGGGAGAAGUUGUGAGAGAAUUUAUGAAGGAUACAGAUUCCAUAAAUUUGUAUAAGAAUAUGAGAGAAACAUUAGUUUAUCUUACUCAUCUGGAUUAUGUAGAUACAGAAAGAAUAAUGACUGAGAAACUUCACAAUCAAGUGAAUGGUACAGAGUGGUCAUGGAAAAAUUUGAAUACAUUGUGUUGGGCAAUAGGCUCCAUUAGUGGAGCAAUGCAUGAAGAGGAUGAAAAACGAUUUCUUGUUACUGUUAUAAAGGAUCUAUUAGGAUUAUGUGAACAGAAAAGAGGCAAAGAUAAUAAAGCUAUUAUUGCAUCAAAUAUCAUGUACAUAGUAGGUCAAUAUCCAAGGUUUUUGAGAGCUCACUGGAAAUUUCUGAAGACUGUCGUCAACAAACUUUUCGAAUUCAUGCAUGAGACCCAUGAUGGAGUCCAGGAUAUGGCUUGUGACACUUUCAUAAAAAUAGCUCAAAAAUGCCGCAGACAUUUCGUUCAAGUUCAGGUUGGAGAAGUAAUGCCAUUUAUUGAUGAAAUUUUGAACAACAUUAAUACUAUAAUUUGUGAUCUUCAGCCUCAACAGGUUCAUACGUUUUAUGAAGCUGUGGGAUACAUGAUUGGUGCACAAACAGACCAAACAGUCCAAGAGCAUUUGAUAGAAAAAUAUAUGCUGCUCCCUAAUCAAGUGUGGGAUAGUAUAAUCCAGCAAGCAACCAAAAAUGUGGAUAUACUGAAAGAUCCUGAAACAGUCAAGCAGCUUGGUAGCAUAUUAAAAACAAAUGUGAGAGCCUGCAAAGCUGUUGGUCAUCCUUUUGUAAUUCAGCUUGGAAGAAUUUAUUUAGAUAUGCUUAAUGUAUACAAGUGCCUCAGUGAAAAUAUUUCUGCAGCUAUCCAGGCUAAUGGUGAGAUGGUUACAAAGCAACCACUAAUUCGAAGUAUGAGAACAGUAAAAAGGGAAACCUUAAAGUUAAUAUCUGGUUGGGUGAGCCGAUCCAAUGAUCCACAGAUGGUAGCUGAAAAUUUUGUUCCUCCUCUGUUGGAUGCAGUUCUCAUUGAUUAUCAGAGAAAUGUCCCAGCUGCUAGAGAACCAGAAGUGCUUAGUACCAUGGCCAUUAUUGUCAACAAGUUAGGGGGACAUAUAACAGCUGAAAUACCUCAAAUAUUUGAUGCUGUUUUUGAAUGCACAUUGAAUAUGAUAAAUAAGGACUUUGAAGAAUAUCCUGAACACAGAACGAACUUUUUCUUACUGCUUCAGGCUGUCAAUUCUCAUUGUUUCCCAGCAUUCCUAGCUAUUCCACCUACACAGUUUAAACUUGUUUUGGAUUCCAUUAUUUGGGCUUUCAAACACACAAUGAGGAAUGUUGCAGAUACAGGCUUACAGAUACUUUUUACACUCUUACAAAAUGUUGCACAAGAAGAAGCUGCAGCUCAGAGUUUCUAUCAAACUUAUUUUUGUGAUAUUCUUCAGCAUAUCUUUUCUGUUGUUACAGACACCUCACAUACUGCUGGUUUAACAAUGCAUGCAUCAAUUCUUGCAUAUAUGUUUAAUUUGGUUGAAGAAGGAAAAAUAAGCACACCACUAAAUCCUGGAAAUCCAGUGAACAACCAAAUGUUUAUUCAGGAAUAUGUGGCUAAUCUCCUUAAGUCUGCAUUCCCUCAUCUACAAGAUGCUCAAGUAAAGCUCUUUGUGACAGGACUUUUCAGCUUAAAUCAGGAUAUUCCUGCUUUCAAAGAACAUCUAAGGGAUUUCUUAGUACAGAUAAAGGAGUUUGCAGGUGAAGACACAUCUGAUCUGUUUUUGGAAGAAAGAGAAACAGCCCUUCGACAGGCCCAGGAAGAGAAACAUAAACUUCAAAUGUCUGUCCCUGGCAUCCUUAAUCCACAUGAAAUUCCAGAAGAAAUGUGCGAUUAAAAUCUGAAGUCAUGCUGGGUUUUUUUCUCUGCAACUCUUGUUGGCAGACGAGAAUAGCAUCUGGAUAUUUGUCGACCAAAAUGAUGCCAAUUUGUAAAUUAAAAUGUCACCUAGUGGCCCUUUUUCUUAUGUGUUUUUUGUAUAAGAAAUUUUCUGUGAAAUAUCCUUCCAUUGUUUAAGCUUUUGUUUUGGUCAUCUUUAGUUUGCAUGAAGUUGAAAAUUAAGGCAUUUUUUUAAAAAAUCUUACUUCAUGCCCAUUUUGUGGUAGGGCUGGGGGGAAGAUGCAAAUUCGAUUUGAACGUAUACUUGUAAAUUCUAAUGCAAAAUUAUACAAUUUUUCUUGUAAACAAUACCAAUUUUAAUUAGGGAGCAUUUUCUUUUAGCCUGUAUUUCAGUCUAGAAGAAAAGGUAAUGAGUAAAACAAAUUGCGUUGUUAAAAAGGAUUAUAGUGCUGCAUUGUCUGAAGUUAGCACCUCUUGGACUGAAUUGUCUGUUUAGACUACAUGUAUUACAAGUCUGUAUGGCAAGUUUGCAGCAAGAUCAUGUGCAUAUCAUCCCAUUGUAAAGCAACUUCAAAAAAUAUGGGAACACAGUUAGUUAUUUUUACACAGUUCUUUUUGUUUUUGUGUGUGUGUGCUGUCGCUUGUCGACAACAGCUUUUUGUUUUCCUCAAUGAGGAGUGUUGCUCAUUUGUGAGCCUUCAUUAACUCAAAGUGAAAUGGUUAAAAAUAUUUAUCCUGUUAGAGUAGUCUGCAUCUUUUUAACAACUCAUUAAAAAAACAAAACAGAACUCUGGCUUUUGAGAUGACUUAUACUAAUUUACAUUGUUUACCAAGCUGUAGUGCUUUAAGAACACUACUUAAAAAAGCAAAAUAAACUUGGUUUACAUUUAUUUUCCC